GCAGACACAUUUUAAAUGAAAGGUAUCUUUCUCAUUCUGGGCGUCGUAGCUCUCGUCUACGGCAGACCCAAGGAUUUCGACGAAGAACGCGGUGUCGACGCUUAUGAUUUAGUAAUUGACGAGAGAUGCCCCCCAAGUCAAAUACAUCAUUUGCUACCUCACGAAUACGAUUGCACAAAGUUUUACUACUGUGAAUAUGGACUUAGAUACGAAACACCUAGAGACUGUGCUCCUGGAACGGAAUUCUCCUACGAGAAACAGGUUUGCGUGCAUCCCCUACAAGCAAACUGUAAUCUACCAGGACGUCCGACAUCAACAACUGUAGUAACAAGUACAACAACUACUGCAGCACCAACUACCACGACAACUACUGCAGCACCAACUACCACAACAACUACUGCAGCACCAACUACAACAACAACAACUGCAGCACCAACUACAACAACAACUACUGCAGCACCAACUACCACAACAACUACUGCAGCACCAACUACCACAACAACUACUGCAGCACCAACUACCACAACAACUACUGCAGCACCAACUACCACAACAACUACUGCAGCGCCAACUACCACAACAACUACUGCAGCACCAACUACCACAACAACUACUGCAGCACCAACUACAACAACAACUACUGCAGCACCAACUACCCCAACAACUACUGCAGCACCAACUACCCCAACAACUACUGCAGCACCAACUACAACAACAACUACUGCAGCACCAACUACCACAACAACUACUGCAGCACCAACUACCCCAACAACUACUGCAGCACCAACUACAACAACAACUACUGCAGCACCAACUACAACAACAUCGACAACUUCAAGCCCCGGCAUUACUUUACCCAAUGGUUGUCCCGCUGAGUUCGAUGUUCACAAGCUAUUACCACAUGAGACGGACUGCGAUAAGUUUUACUACUGCGUCUUUGGCGAAAAAGUUGAAAGACAAUGCGCACCAGGCACAUACUUCAAUUAUAAGAUUCAAGUAUGCGAUUGGCCGCAUAACGUAGAUUGCGCAGGAGGAGGCGGUGGCGGCGGUGGAGGUGGUGGAGGCGGAGGCGGUGGAGGAGGUGGUGAUGGCGGAGGUGGUGGAGGUGGAGGUGGUGGAGGUGGAGGCGGUGAAGGAGUUACACUACCAAAUGGCUGUCCCGCCGACUUUCAUAUCCACAAACUAUUGCCACACGAAAGCGACUGCGCCAAGUUCUACCAAUGUGUUCAUGGAAAUAAAGUAGAGAGUAACUGUGCACCAGGAACGCAUUUCAAUCCAGCUAUCCAGGUAUGCGAUUGGCCAGCAAAUGUUGGCUGUGAAGGAAAUGGUGGAGGCGGAGGUGGUGGAGGCGGAGGCGGUGGAGGUGGAGGAGGCGGCGGCGGAGGUGAUGGAGGUGAUGGAGGCGAUGGCGGAGGCGGAGGCGGUGGAGGAGGUGGUGAUGGCGGAGGUGGUGGAGGUGGAGGUGGUGGAGGUGGAGGCGGUGAAGGAGUUACACUACCAAAUGGCUGUCCCGCCGACUUUCAUAUCCAUAAACUAUUGCCACAUGAAAGCGACUGCGCCAAGUUCUACCAAUGUGUUCAUGGAAAUAAAGUAGAAAGUAACUGUGCACCAGGAACGCAUUUCAAUCCAGCUAUCCAGGUAUGCGAUUGGCCAGCAAAUGUUGGCUGUGAAGGAAAUGGUGGAGGCGGAGGUGGUGGAGGCGGAGGCGGAGGCGGUGGUGAUGGUGGAGAUGGAGGCGAUGGAGGCGAUGGUGGAGAUGGUGGAGCCGGCGGUGGUGGAGGUGGAGGAGGUGGAGGCGGCGGCGGUGGAGAUGGAGGCGAUGGUGGAGAUGGUGGAGCCGGCGGUGGUGGAGGUGGAGGAGGUGGAGGCGGAGGCGGAGGUGAUGGAGGCGAUGGAGGCGAUGGUGGAGAUGGUGGAGCCGGCGGUGGUGGAGGUGGAGGAGGUGGAGGCGGCGGCGGUGGAGAUGGAGGCGAUGGAGGCGAUGGUGGAGAUGGUGGAACUGGCGGUGGUGGAGGUGGAGGCGGUGGAGGCGGCGGCGGUGUAGGUGGAGGCGAUGGUGGAGAUGGUGGUGAUGGAGGCGAUGGUGGAGAUGGUGGAGCUGGCGGUGGUGGAGGUGGUGGAGGCGGAGGCGGAGGUGGAGGCGGUGGAGGCGGCGGCGGUGGAGGCGGCGGCGGUGGAGGUGGAGGCGAUGGUGGAGAUGGAGGCGAUGGAGGCGAUGGUGGAGAUGGUGGAGAUGGAGGAAGUGGAGGUGGUGGAGGCGGCGGCGGAGGCGGUGGAGGCGGAGGUGAUGGAAGUGAUGGAGGCGAUGGUGGAGAUGGCGGAGCCGGCGGUGGUGGAGGUGGAGGAGGUGAAGGUGGCGGCGGUGGAGGUGGAGGCGAUGGUGGAGAUGGAGGCGAUGGAGGCGAUGGUGGAGAUGGUGGAGCUGGCGGUGGUGGAGGCGGAGGUGAUGGAGGUGAUGGAGGCGAUGGUGGAGAUGGAGGAAGUGGAGGUGGUGGAGGCGGCGGCGGAGGCGGCGGAGGCGGAGGUGAUGGAGGCGAUGGAGGCGAUGGUGGAGAUGGAGGAGCCGGCGGUGGUGGAGGUGGAGGCGGUGGAGGCGGUGGAGGUGGAGGCGGUGGAGGCGGCGGCGGUGGAGGCGGUACUCUACCCAACGGUUGUCCCGCCGACUUCAGUAUUGAUUUACUAUUGCCACAUGAAACGGAUUGCUCGAAGUUCUACUAUUGUGUACAUGGGAAUAAAGUAGAGACCCGUUGUGCCCGGGGAACGCAUUUCAGCCCCACUCUUCAGCAUUGCACAUGGCCGGAAGAGGCUGGAUGCGAAGCCGGCAGUGGCGGCGGAGGCGGAGGUGGAGGCGGAGGCGGAGGCGAUGGAGGCGAUGGUGGAGAUGGUGGAGCUGGCGGUGGUGGAGGUGGAGGCGGCGGCGGUGGAGGUGGAGGCGAUGGUGGAGAUGGAGGCGAUGGAGGCGAUGGUGGAGAUGGUGGAGCCGGCGGUGGUGGAGGUGGAGGCGGUGGAGGCGGCGGCGGUGGAGGUGGAGGCGGUGGAGGCGGCGGCGGUGGAGGUGGAGGCGAGGGUGGAGAUGGAGGCGAUGGUGGAGAUGGAGGCGAUGGCGGAGAUGGAGGCGAUGGUGGAGCCGGUGGUGGUGGAGGUGGAGGGGGUGGAGGCGGCGGCGGUGGAGGUGGAGGCGAUGGUGGAGAUGGAGGCGAUGGUGGAGAUGGAGGCGAUGGCGGAGAUGGAGGCGAUGGUGGAGCCGGCGGUGGUGGAGGUGGAGGGGGUGGAGGCGGCGGCGGUGGAGGUGGAGGCGAUGGUGGAGAUGGAGGCGAUGGAGGCGAUGGUGGAAGUGGAGGUGAUGGAGGCGAUGGUGGAGCCGGCGGUGGUGGAGGUGGAGGCGGUGGAGGCGGCGGCGGUGGAGGCGGCGGCGGAGGUACUCAACCUGAAUCAGAAAAAUGCAAAGAUGAAUGUCACGUAUCACACUGGGCACAUGAAACGGACUGUGACAAAUUCUGGCGUUGUGAAGGCAAUCAACAAGUCUUAGGCAUUUGUUCUGAAGGCUUACACUUUAACCCAAACACUCAAACUUGUGACUUCAUGUGUAACGUUAACUGUGUGAGAGAAAUAGUCCAAACUACCGCUCUAAGAGACGGACUCAAAGUAUUCCUGCCCUGGGAAAAAGUAGAUCGGCUCAUCCAGCUGAGUAAACGAAAGGAAAUCGCAGAAAUUACUUUUGAUAUGUUUUAAAGAUGUGAUAGAUUUAAUUAGCGACAAAAACUUCGUAUCUUGGGUGAUUUCAAUUAUAUCGAUCUUUUAUUU